GCUCAUUUCAUCAACGUUUGUAUAAGUUUAAUUGUUACAGAACAACCGAAUUUUGGGUACAAUGGACAACCGGUUAAAUCGUUAUGAGAAAAUCGACUUUCUUGGCGAAGGACAGUUCGCCACUGUCUACAAAGCGCGCGAUGCAGAGACCAACGAAAUUGUUGCAGUAAAAAAAAUUAAAAUUGGUAAUCGCGAGGAAGCUGCUGAUGGCAUCAAUCGCACUGCUUUGAGAGAAAUUAAGCUGCUGCAUGAGUUACACCAUGAUAAUAUAAUUGGUUUGCUGGAUGUAUUCGGACAUAAGAGCAACGUGUCGCUGGUGUUUGAUUUCAUGGAUACGGAUCUGGAAAUCAUUAUAAAGGACCCAAAAAUAAUUCUUACUCCGGCCAACAUAAAAAGCUACAUGAUCCAGACUUUAAAAGGGCUCGAAUAUCUUCACCUGCACUGGAUACUUCAUCGAGAUCUGAAGCCGAACAACUUGCUGAUUAGUGGAAAUGGUGUUCUCAAGAUUGGAGAUUUCGGUUUAGCAAAAUUCUUUGGUUCACCCAAUCGUAUCAAUACGAAUCAAGUAGUAACGAGAUGGUAUCGCUGCCCGGAACUCCUUUUCGGUGCCCGACAGUAUGGAACGGGUGUAGACAUUUGGGCAGUUGGAUGCAUUUUGGCAGAACUUUUGCUACGGGUACCAUUCCUGCCGGGUGAAAGUGAUCUCGAUCAAUUAACUCGAAUAUUUCAAGUAUUAGGCACACCGAAUGAAACCAAUUGGCCGGAUGUAAAGUCGUUACCAGAUUAUGUGCAGUAUAAAUUCUACCCACCCAUUCCAUUGGAAAACAUAUUCACGGCGGCCUCGGAAGAUUUGAUCGAUUUGGCCAACAAAAUGUUAGCACUGUACCCGCUUCAUAGAUGCUCUUGCACAGAGGCGUUAAAAAUGCCCUAUUUUGCGAACAAACCUGCACCUACCGUUGGUCCACGGUUGCCGAUGCCAGCGAGCUACAAUCCAGCCAAUCGUCAAGAGGAAAAACCAUCGCUGAAACGAAAGCUCCUAGAUAGUAUUGAUAGUGGCACUGUCCCAAAGCGCUUACAAUUUUAAGCUAUUUCCCCGAUGUGAAUU